AUGCCUUUGGCUAGAGAUUUACUACAUCUAUCCUUGGAAGAGGAAAAGAAAACACAUAAAAAGAAAUGGCUAGUUCAAAGUCCAAAUUCUUAUUCUAUGGAUGUGAAAUGUCCAGGUUGCUACAAGAUUACCAUGGUUUUUAGCCAGGUUCAGACAGUGGUUCUUUGUGUAGGUUGUUCACCAGUGUUGUGCCAGCCGACAGGAGGAAAGGCCAGACUCACGGAAGGGUGUUCAUGUAGAAGGAAGCAACGCUAA